GCUCGCGGGGCGCCGGCUGCCGUCCGUCGCUCUGGGCGGCCACAGUGGCGACCGCGUGGGCCCCGCCGCGCCCCGUCCCGAGGAGGAGACUCGGCAGCCCGUCGCCUGCGCCCCAGGAGCACACACGCCCUCCGGAAUAACUACAGCCAACAUGAAGAAAACCCAGCAGGAUGAGAUCGAAGCCAUUCUGCGGGAGAGGAUUAUGGUUCUAGAUGGAGGGAUGGGGACCAUGAUCCAGCGGUACAGGCUAAGUGAAGAAGACUUCCGAGGUCAAGAAUUUAAAGAUCACACCAGACCACUGAAAGGCAACAAUGACAUUCUAAGUAUAACUCAGCCUGACGUUAUCUACCAGAUCCAUAAGGAUUACUUGUUGGCUGGAGCAGAUAUUAUUGAAACAAAUACUUUUAGCAGCACUAGUAUUGCUCAAGCUGACUAUGGCCUUGAACACCUGGCCUACAAGAUGAACAAGUGCUCUGCGACAGUGGCCAGAAAAGCAGCCCAGGAGAUUUCUCUCCAGACAGGAAUUAAGAGGUUUGUGGCAGGAGCUCUUGGCCCAACUAAUAAGACGCUCUCUGUGUCUCCAUCUGUGGAAAGACCAGACUACAGAAAUAUCACAUUUGAUGAACUUGUAGAAGCAUACAAAGAACAGGCCAGAGGACUUCUGGAUGGUGGGGUUGAUAUCUUACUUGUCGAAACUAUUUUUGAUACUGCCAAUGCCAAGGCGGCCUUGUUUGCACUCCAAAAACUUUUUGAAGAGGAAUAUGCCCCACAGCCUAUUUUUAUUUCAGGGACAAUUGUUGAUAAAAGUGGGCGGACUCUUUCUGGACAGACUGGAGAGGCUUUUGUCAUCAGUGUGUCACAUGCAAACCCCCUGUGCAUUGGAUUAAACUGUGCUCUGGGUGCAGCUGAAAUGAGACCUUUUAUUGAAACAAUCGGAAAAUGUUCAACAGCUUAUGUCCUCUGUUACCCAAAUGCAGGUCUUCCCAAUACCUUCGGUGAUUACGAUGAAACUCCGCACAUGAUGGCCAUGCAUCUGAAGGACUUUGCAACUGAUGGCUUGGUCAAUAUAGUUGGUGGAUGUUGUGGUACGACACCAGAUCACAUCAGGGAAAUUGCUGAGGCUGUGAAAAACUAUAAGCCUAGAGUUCCACCUGCCACUGUUUUUGAUGGAUAUAUGUUACUGUCUGGUCUGGAGCCCUUCCGGAUUGGACCAUACACUAACUUUGUUAACAUUGGAGAACGCUGUAAUGUAGCAGGAUCCAGGAAGUUCGCUAAACUCAUUAUGGCUGGAAACUAUGAAGAAGCACUGAGUGUUGCUAAGGUGCAGGUGGAAAUGGGAGCCCAAGUACUGGAUAUCAACAUGGAUGAUGGCAUGCUAGAUGGCCCAAGUGCUAUGACCAGAUUUUGCAACUUCAUUGCUUCCGAGCCUGACAUUGCCAAGGUGCCCUUAUGCAUCGACUCUUCCAAUUUUGCUGUGAUUGAAGCUGGCUUAAAGUGCUGCCAAGGGAAGUGCAUUGUCAAUAGCAUUAGUCUGAAAGAGGGAGAAGAUGACUUUUUGGAGAAGGCCGGAAAGAUUAAAAAGUUUGGAGCUGCCGUAGUGGUCAUGGCUUUUGAUGAAGAAGGGCAGGCAACAGAAACAGAUGCAAAAAUUAGAGUGUGUACCCGGGCCUACCACUUACUGGUGGAAAACCUGGGCUUCAAUCCAAAUGACAUCAUCUUCGACCCUAAUAUCCUUACCAUUGGUACAGGACUGGAAGAACACAACUUAUAUGCUGUUAAUUUUAUUAAUGCAACAAAAGUCAUUAAAGAAACAUUACCUGGAGCCAAAAUAAGUGGAGGUCUUUCCAACUUGUCCUUUUCCUUCAGAGGAAUGGAAGCCAUUCGAGAAGCCAUGCACGGGGUUUUCCUUUAUCAUGCAAUCCAGUUUGGCAUGGACAUGGGAAUAGUGAACGCCGGGAACCUUCCCGUAUAUGAUGACAUCCAUAGGGAACUUCUCCAGCUCUGUGAAGAUCUCAUCUGGAAUAAGGACCCUGAAGCCACUGAGAAGCUCUUACGUUACGCCCAGACCCAUGGCAAAGGAGGCAAGAAAGUCAUCCAGACUGAUGAGUGGAGGAACAGCUCCAUUGAAGAACGUCUUGAGUAUGCCCUUGUGAAGGGCAUUGAAAAAUAUAUUGUUGAGGAUACUGAGGAAGCCAGGCUGAACCAGAAAAAAUAUCCUCGGCCUCUGAAUAUAAUUGAAGGGCCCCUGAUGAAUGGCAUGAAAACUGUUGGUGACCUUUUUGGAGCUGGAAAAAUGUUUCUACCUCAGACCGGUGCUCAGUUGUGGCUUAUGGUGGUGCUGGUGAUUGAACCUGGGAGCUCAGAAACUCAAGCAUUAAAGUUAUCUGCAUAAACAUUAUACUGUCUCUCCACCCCUACAGCUUUAUACUGGGAUACAGUUGGACAAGUUUUAACAUGUUAAUGUGGAAACCUUCACAACUGAGAUAAGGAAUCUCAUUCUCUUUAAUCUGCUCCAAUCUGUGGCACUUUCUCAGUCUUUAGCGAUUCCUAAUUUAAUUUGAACUUUUUCAUUUUUCAUUUUAGACUUAAAGACAGGCUUGCAAAUGGAGUUCAAAAGUAUUCAUGCAUCUCUCACCCAGCUUCUACCCAUUAUGAUAUAUUUUUAUAUGAUCACAGACAGUGGUCAGAACCAAGAAAUUAACAGUGGUAUAUAGCUGUUAACCGAAGACCGUAUCCUGGGGAAGUAGUGCUGCAUGUGUAUCUCUGUCUUUAUUGCCCUAUCUCCCCACCCCUCUCAAUUUCUCUCUGUCUCUAUCAUAUAAGUAAAUAAUAACAAAAAAGGACUGAAUUCAUGUCUCAUCAGCCUUUCUACUACUUUUUAGGUUUUGGGAUCUUAUGUUGCUUUAAUUAUGUCAUUUGAGACCAUGCACAUCUUUUUUCACUCCUGAACUUUAUUUAGCAGACAGUGAUGAAUUUUAUAAAAGACCCUGUUCUGUUUUUUUCUUCUUUUUUUUUUUUUUUUUGCCUCCAGGCUUAUCACUGGGGCUCAGAGAAGGGGAGGAUAGAGAGGGAGAAAGAGACACCUGCAGACCUGCUUCACUGCUUGUAAAGCGACCCCACCCCCACCCCCUGCAAGUGGGGAGCCAGGGGCUCAAACCAGGAUCUUUGUGUGGGUCCUUGCAAGUGUCCAUUAGCAAUCAUUGAGGUCGCUUGGUAAAGAUUCCUGACUCUUUGUAUUUUUCCCAGGUUAUAAAAUCAGCUCGAGUCAUGAAGAAGGCUGUCAGUCAUCUUAUUCCUUUCAUGGAAAAAGAAAGAGAAGAAGCUAAAGUGCUUAAUGACACAGUAGAAGAAGAG